AUAAAACAUCCAAAUAAAUAUGAGUUAAUAGAUCAUUACACAAAGAAUAAGUCCUGUAUUCAAAUACAAAAGGUGCUUUAACGAUGUUUCACGACAGUACUAGAAAUCUAUGAGAUGAGAUUUGUGAAAGAGGUCGCAUUACAAAGAGGCUUGAUACAAAGUGCCACCAUGUAACCACCCAUGUGGCUAUGUCUUUGCUCCCUGUCCUAUAUUAUAAUGUAUUUUCCAAGUCACACAAAUAAGAAAAUAUUAUAGUAGACAAUGUACUCAAUCUACUGUAGUUCCACACAUUUUAUGUGUGUCGUAAUUUUCUUUCCAGUAAUAUGGGAUGUGGUAGCCAAUUUUUAAGAUGUUAAUCCUAGUGGUUAAGAUGUUAAGCCUUGUGGAUGUUAAGCCUAGUGGUUAAGAUGUUGGACUAAUGAUUGGAAGGUCGUGAGUUCGAAUCUCAGGUCCACCAAACUGCCACUGCUGGGCCCUUGAGCAAGGCCCUUAUCGCUCAGUUGUAUAAAUUUAAAUAAAAUAUAAGUCACUCUGGAUAAGAGAGGCUGUAAAUGUAAUAACAGUGACCUUAUCAUUUGCUGUAAAAUUGAAUGAAUGAAAAUUCAGUGUUUUAGCCCAUUCAGACAUUUAUGACAGGAUAAAGGGGGCUGUACACGCGUGGCAAUACGACUUCUAAUGCACCGUUUAGAGGCUUUCUAGUCCGAUGCUCGCGUCCUCGUCCUUAUUCGGUAAUUACGCAUCCAUCACUCAUUCAUGUGGCAUUUUGCUAAAAGCAUUAGUGCGACAUACACGUGUGCGGUUUAAGGCAGAAGAGCGCAAAAGCCAGAGGGGGGCUUUCACUACCUUCUGCUCUUAAUUGCGCACUUACUGCCUCACUCUGCGGGACACAAGCGGGGAAUCUAUCUCAUUCACACAUUCAACGUGUGAACUUUGCAUCGUAAAAGAAGUAACUCCUGGUAAACAGCUACGGCAAAAUUCAUGCCCUUACGUAUCAAAGAGAAGCUUCAUUUCCUAUGUUGUGUUCUAUAGCUUACGUACGCGUACACGCCACACCCGCACACUACAGGACACGGGCCUGGUUCUAGGGUAUAUAAAUAAAUAUAUAGUGUAGUGUAUAUGUAGUGUACGGGUAUAUAUACAUAUAUUUACUGUAGUGUAUAUGUAGUGUACGGGUGUGUGUGUAUAUAUAUUUAUCAGGGAUUUUCGAUUAGCUUGACAUGGAUGCCAGUUCGGCUUGCAGUAUGGAGGAGGACACAACAACAUUAUAUAUUAUUGUGUGUGUGUGUGUGUGUGUGUGUGUGUGUGUGUGUGUGUGUGUGUGUGUGUGUGUGUGUGUGUGUGUGUGUGUGUUUGUGUAGUUAUAGGGCAUAUCAUAUAUAACCAUCGCGGGUGUGGCAUGUACGAGUAAAUAGAACCUAUAGAACCACGCAGAAGGACAACAUUUCAAAUAUAUAUAAGGAGAGAGAGAGAGACAGAGAAUAUCAUACAUCUGAUUAACUUGCAGCCUGCAAUAAAUAUUUUUUUUCGCACAGUUUAGAAACUUACAAUUACUGGAAUUUUACACUGUAUAACUCAAAAUAUUCACACACUGCGGUGACUCAAUAAGUAAUUUCAUAAAUAUUUUUUUCAUUCUGUUAGAUAAUUUAUUUUAAGGCUUAAAUGCUAAAGCAAUAUCUAAAGUUGAUAGCACUAUGACUUUGGUGCUCGUCUCCAUCAGCCUGAGCACAACAUCCCUGUUAAGCACUGAGGGCUUUUAAUACUGUGACCACCCCCUUAAUGAAACUGAGGUUGUAACAGAUGUGCACAAACAAAUCCUGUCAGUAUACAGUGACAACUCAAAGGUAAGCGAUUCUUCUUUUUUGUCUCUAUACAUAAUUCCAGCAGUAAUUUAUAGAUGUAAUAUAUUGUAAAUGUGAAUAUUUUAAUGUGAAAACCUCGAUAUUAACAUUAUUGUAUAUAUUAACAUUAUUUAUAAAGUGCAUACAUUUUUUUUACUGUGUAUUUUACAGUAUUCACAUACGAACUAAUGGAGUUUUACUUAAUAGCUAAAUUCUUUAAUUUCGAAAACAUUUUUAAGGCUCAGUUUGUAUCCGGUGGCUUUUUGCGCAAACGAACCCCUUAAAUAAUAAUAAUAAAAAAAAAGCUUAUAAUUAUAAUGCUCAGAGCUCAAAGUUUCCAGAGAAUAUUUCUAAUGCUUUGUUUGUUUGUUUGUUUUUUUAAAUAUAUUUUUCUAUAUUUUUAAAAUAUUUUUCCCGAUAAUUGUUGACCAAAUUUCAGGUCUAAUAGUUGACACUUGGAGUUGUUAGUAAACUUUCAGGACUAAUAGCUGACCCUGACACUGGCUAAUGUACAAAUUACUUUCUCAGAUAAUGGAUGACGUAGUGCUGCGCGCUCGUCUGGUCCUGAUGCUGCUCAUGUUGGUGCACGCGCAGGAUCAAAGCUUGGGUCACGUGGAUCCGUUAACGCUCAGCCGCGCUGACCCGCGCUGUUGGGAAAGCGCUUCUGUGGUGCUGCUGGAGAUGCGCACGCCGAGAAUCGCGCACACGGUGCCUGACUUCUGGGAUCUCAUGGUGUUUCUGAAAGCCUCGGACAACCGGAAACACGGCGCCCUGUUUUGGGACCUGGCACAAGUCUUCUGGGACCUUUACGUGGACUGCAUCAGGUCCCGAAACCAUGGGCUUGGGAGGCGACACAGCAUUCGGACAAAAAGGCGUCUCAUGGUCGCGCGCUCUCUCUCUGCGGACAAGUCCUUUGUGCAAGAGUCACAGAACCAUUUUUCGAAGUUAAAGGAGUUUACUCAAGAUUGGUUUCAAAUACAGGUGCAGCAGGAUGGAUCUCACAGCUUGCAGUGAUGCUUAUCCCAAAACCAAUGCUUCAAAUGCUUCAAAUUUUACAAUUUUAAUCAUUAAGGAAAAAAUGAAAUUAAAUAUUUUUACCAAUGGCAACUUUUUUCUGUUUAAUAAAAUAAUUUGCAC